AUGAAGAUAACCUCACUCGCAGCCACCGCGCUCGCCAGCGCCGCCCUCUCAUCCGCAGCAAUCUCCCUCCCCAACGGCUGGUUCGCCAUCGCCCCCGACGAGAAGCUGAACCCCGGCAAACUCGACGGCGAACCCCGGUAUCUCACAUGGAUGGCCGACUCCCAAAUCAAGCACGGCGUAGAACCCACCUACGCUUACACAAUCUCGGCCUUCUACUCGGGCGUCCUGCGUGCCCACGAGCGGACCGGCGACGAGCGCUACUACGACUACGUCAAGCACGCCACAGACAUUCUUCUCUACCCGUCCCAAGACGGCGAGAUCCUUCUCUACAACAACAGCAACUCCAUCGACGACAUCCGCUUCGGUCACACUUUCCUCGACAUCUACAACGCCACCGGCGACGAAAUCUACAAGACCGCCGCGCAGACCCUCCGUCACCAGAUCGAUCGCACAGGCCGCUCCCCGGACGGCGGCUUCUACCACCGUUACCCGGUCUACAUUGACCAGAUGUGGCUCGACGGCAUCUACAUGCUAGACGUCUUCUACGCCCGCUGGACCGCCGAGUUCGAGCCGGAUAACACCACCGCGUGGGACGAUAUCGCGCUGCAAUUCGACCUCGUCACCGCGGGUACGAUCCUGGGUAACGCGACAAACGGCCUGCCGCUACACGGCUUCGAUUGGAGUAAGAAGGCCAUCUGGGCUGACCCGGAGACGGGCGCCUCGCCUAACGUAUGGGGCCGCGCUGUCGGGUGGUACGUCAUGGCCCUCGUCGACACUCUUGAGCUCUUCCCCUUGGAUCAUCCGGCCCGCGAUCGUCUGGUUGGGUAUCUGCAGCACGUCUCGGACGCCGUUGUUGCUGCGCAGGAUGAGAAGACGAAGGGGUGGUGGCUCGUCAUGACGCCCGGCACUGAGGGCCAGUGGGGGAAUUACAUUGAGAGCUCUGGGUCCGCCAUGUUUGUGUAUGGACUUCUCAAGAGUCUUCGCCUGGGCUACAUCAAAGGCGACAGCUAUCUCAAGUCUGCACUUAGCGGAUACAAGUUGAUGACGGACACGUUCUCCGACACGCGCAAGAGCGAUAAUGCUCUCGUCUGGGGAUGGACUGUGCAGACGGGGAGCUUGAGCUCCAACGGCACAUUCGAGUACUAUGCAAGCAUGCCCCUGUUCGAGAACGACCUUAAGGGUGUUGCUCCCUUCCUCUUUUCCAGUUAUGAGUACGAGCUGUACCUAGAACAGAAGAAGUAA